AAACUAAAAAAAAACAUGUCUUCCAAAUAUAUCUCAUUUCAGCUCCUUGGGCUUCUCCUACUUUCUUGCUUAAUCAUCCAUGUUCAUGCAGCCGCCCGCCAUCACACGUUCGUGGUGGAAGAGGUGCCAUAUACUAGACUAUGUAGCACAAAGAACAUCAUGGCCAUCAACGGCAAGUUCCCCGGUGAAACUUUGUAUGUCAACAAAGGUGACACCCUCAUUGUGGAUGUGGUGAACAAAAGCCCACAUAACCUCACUAUCCAUUGGCAUGGAGUGAACCAGCCGAGAAAUCCAUGGUCAGACGGUCCCGAGUACAUCACACAGUGCCCGAUCCAACCUGGCGCGAAGUUCAGCCAGAAAGUCAUAUUCUCGACCGAGGAAGGCACUCUUUGGUGGCAUGCACACAGCGAAUGGACUCGAGCCACCGUCUACGGUGCAAUCGUCAUCUACCCUAAGAAAGGAGACACUUACCCCUUCCCCAAGCCUCAUGCUGACGUCCCAAUUAUUUUUGGAGAGUGGUGGAAGCAAGACAUAUUCCAACUCUACGAAAAUCUCCUCCAAUCUGGAGGAGACCCUAAUGCCUCCGAUGCAAUCACUAUCAACGGUCAACCUGGCGAUCGAUUCAAUUGCUCUGCCCAAGAUAUGCUCAAGUUGGUAGUGAAACAAGGCAAGACAUACCUCCUCCGCCUCAUCAACGCCGCAAUGCAAGACAUCCUCUUCUUCUCCGUCGCCAAUCACAACCUCACGGUGGUCGGAACCGAUGGAACUUACGUCAAACCUUUCCAAUCCGACUACAUCACCAUCUCCCCCGGCCAAACCAUUGACGUCCUUCUCCACGCCAACCAACCAAACAGAAGCUAUUACAUGGCCACCAAAUUCUACACUAGCGCACGCGGCGCCGUCAAUGCCAACACCUCCACCGCGCUCCUCCAAUAUUCCGCCACCGCCGCCACCACAAACCUCUCCCUCCCAUCCCUCCCGGCCACCAACGACACCACCGCCUCGGUCAAUUUCACCGCCAGGCUACGUAGCUUGGCGGACAAGAAACACCCGGUCAACGUCCCGAAAAACCCUACCACUAACUUGUACUUCACGAUAUCCAUGAACACCCUUCCUUGCCCUGCUGGACGCUCCUGUGCGGGACCCAAUGGAUCCCGCCUCGCGUCCAGCGUCAACAACAUCAGCUUCGUGGCCAACACGUCGCUGGACGUGUUGGCCGCAUACUACAACAUGAUCGAGGGAGCGUACGGGGACGACUUUCCCAGGAAGCCUCCGGUGACGUACAACUUCACCGGAACAAAUAUCCCGGCGGAGUAUCGGGUCCCUAGCACGGGGAACGAGGUCGUGGUGCUCGAGUAUAACUCGUCCGUGGAACUCGUGUUCCAAGGCACCAGUUUGCUCGGUGGGGUCGACCACCCCAUGCACCUUCACGGCACGAAUUUCUACGUCGUAGGGUGGGGUUUCGGUAAUUUCGAUAAGGUCAAUGAUCCCAAGAGUUACAAUCUCGUCGAUCCACCGUUUCAGAACACCAUUGCCGUUCCGAUAAACGGGUGGGUCGCUGUCAGGUUUAGAGCCAAGAACCCUGGAGUUUGGUUCAUGCACUGCCAUCUGGAGCGACAUGCAUUGUGGGGAAUGGAUAUGACGUUUAUAGUGAAGAACGGAAGAGGGGAAAACGCCACGAUGCUGCCGCCGCCGCCGGACAUGCCUCCCUGCUGAAAUCAAUUUAUCAUCAAUGGAGUGAUAAUUAAAUAGAGGAAUUAAUUUGUGAAAAAUGUAUCUCAAUUAAUAAAGAUUGUUAGAAGAUAAUAUUGAUAAUUAAUCAAUAUAAUAGAAUUCAUUAG